UUUCUCGAUGCUCGAGGUUGGAGAGUAAUGGCGGCGUGCCGGGGUUCCUCGUCGAAAUGGUUUUUCACCCGGGAGCAACUCGAAACCACGCCGUCCCGCCGAUGUGGAGUAGAACCGGACCGGGAACUCUCCUACCGGCAGCAAGCGGCGAAUCUGAUCCAAGAUAUGGGUCAGAGACUGAACGUCUCUCAAUUAACAAUUAACACAGCCAUUGUUUACAUGCAUAGAUUUUAUAUGCACCACUCUUUCACCAAAUUCCACAGGAAUAUAAUUUCUCCAACCACCUUAUUCUUGGCUGCAAAAGUGGAAGAGCAACCUCGGAAACUCGAACAUGUGAUCAAAGUUGCACAUGCUUGUCUAAAUCCACAAGAACCACCUCUAGACACAAAGAGUAAUGCAUACCUCCAGCAAGCUCAAGAGCUGGUGAUACUUGAAUCCAUAGUGCUGCAGACCCUGGGCUUUGAAAUUACUAUUGAUCACCCACACACUGAUGUGGUGAAAUGUUCCCAGCUAGUGCGAGCAAGCAAGGAUCUGGCACAGACUUCCUAUUUCAUGGCUACCAACAGUCUACACCUCACUACCUUCUGCCUCCAGUACAAGCCCACAGUGAUCUCCUGCGUGUGCAUCCACCUGGCAUGUAAGUGGUCUAACUGGGAGAUCCCAGUUUCCACUGAUGGGAAACACUGGUGGGAGUAUGUGGACAACACUGUCACCCUCGAGCUGCUUGAUGAGUUGACCCACGAGUUUCUGCAGAUCCUGGAGAAGACACCCAGCCGGUUAAAGAGGAUACGCAACUGGAGGGCAACACAAGCUGCUAAAAAGCCCAAGGGUGACAGCACUCAGUUGACUGACAACUCCUUUGUGGGGCCAUCCAUGCUCCAAGAUCAAAGUGACGCCUCCUCCAAUCCAAGUUUUUCCAAAGCUGGCGCUGCCUUCACCGUGCCCAUGCCGGGCCAGUCUGGAGCUGCACCCCUGUCUCUGGAUGCCUUGGCUGGCACAUACAAUCCAGGUAGCCACAGUGAGUGGCCCCUGGGCAGCCAGAGCCAAGCAGGCUACCCUUCCGCCUGUAUAAAACAGGAACCCCUCAGCAUCCCUCUCCAAGAGCCCACACUGUCCUUGCAGACUUCCACUUCCUCUUUGCUUCAGCAUCCGCCGGUGUACAGGAGCGAGAAAACACUAGACUUCAUCCCUGUCAAACAGGAACAUAAAGGAGCUGGUGGGAGCGGAGUGGGCAAGCAUCAGCCACCACCACAACCGUCACCUGCUCAGAAGCUCACUCUGGACAAAUACAGAGAGAAACACGCUGCAGAGCUGGCUGUCUCUGGGCAGAAACGUAGUCAGGAACAGCAUGGAGGACUAAUGGAUUGUGAUGGGAGGGGGGAUAUGUUAUCUUCCUCCUCUUCUACCUAUGCACCAUCCUCUACUAACCAAGACCAUAGAAAACAUUCACAGACCCACCAAACAUCCCAUGGUGGGGGUGGCAGCACUACUGCCUCCCCAAUGAAAAUUAAAGUCCCCUCCUCGUCAACUUCAGGGCAAGAUAGACGUCAUCACAGUGACAAACGGGACAAAGGCUCACUUAAAGUCCGCCUGGCUGUUCCUGGGUCUGGCAGCAGCUCCCAGCUCGAUAAAAGUGGCCAACCAAGCAAAGAUGAGCUUAAGAUGAAGAUAAAAGUCUCAUCAUCAGAUCGCCACAGCUCAUCAGAUGAAGGCAUGGCGGCCAACAACAACAAGAGUAAACAUUCCAGCCCUCUGGUGAGCAAGGACAAACAUCGUGGAGCAGAUCACAACCUCCAUCGCCACCACAAGCACAGUCACCCUCAUCCACACACACACAGCGGGAAUGGCGGGGGAGGCUUGCUACGGGGUCCUCCAGGACUGGUCAGCAUGGAAGGGACCACGCUUGCUCCUCCGGGAUCCACCUCAUCUUCAUCCUCGUCGCGCAAGAGGGCGUACCCCGAGGCCAGCCACAACCACCACCCUUCCUCCUCAUUCUCCACUUCUUGCUCCAAAGUGGGCAAAAUCUCCAAGGGUGGCACUGGUGCUGCAGGUGGGCUGCGGACCUCUCAGCAGUACCCGCCUCCUACUAGUGAAUCGCCACAUGAAUUGGGAGAGCAGAGACACUGAGUCCACCUCUCUGCAGCCAUGGCCAGCACAUGGAAAUGGCAACAAACUACCCACAGCUCAGACUUUGAAGACUAUGCUCACCUCCCUGUUAAGUGCCCUAGGAAAAUAACUCUUUAUGUCAUAAUAAACCCUUUACUGAAAGGCAGAAAAAUCUAUCUGCAAAAAAAAGAAAAAAGUAUUGUCGGACUUCUCAAUUUCUGAGAGACAAGAAUGAUGAAAAAUUAUGCUUCCUGACUGUCGGAUAUCUGGGCUGUGAUGCUCAGUCCUGUCUUUCUGUUAGUGUGUUGAAUUGCUGCUUGGUUCUCCUUCCUCCUCACAUGAGUUUCGGAAUGUGCAAAAGUGGGUGUGAGUGUGUUUUCAUUGGGGGGAAGUCCUUCCCUACAUUUCAAUUCUCCAUACAGGAAAACUAAAGUAUUAUAAUUACUGUUAGCGGCAUGGAAGGUGCACUUUCUUCAUUUUCUUUCUCUAUUUUUUUUUUUUUUUUUUUUUUUUU